AUGAAGCUGAGCGUGCUAGCUUUUUCUCUUGUGUUAUUCACUGGCACUCGGUCUGCCGGUGAAGACGACAUUGUCGAUCUGCCAGGACUUCAAUUCGUUGCCAACUUCAAGACCUACUCUGGUUAUCUCAACGCGAAUGACAAAGGCAAUUGGCAAAUGCAUUACAU